AUGGUGAUUUGGGGGUCACUAACCUGUGUGAUGGCAGCGAUUAAAGACAUCAAGCAUCUUGUUGCCCUUCGGGUGAUGAUCGGAUGUGUUGAAGCAGGGUUUGCACCUGGUGUGUUGUUAGUACUCUCAUCGUGGUAUAAGCGUACAGAACAGUCCAAAAGAUUUGGGGUUUAUAUCUCUGCGGCGAUAUUAUCUGGUGCAUUUGGUGGGAUAUUGGCUGCCGUCAUUGUCGACAAUCUCGAGGGAGUCCAUGGAAUACGUGGAUGGCGAUGGCUGUUUAUUGUGGAGGGCGCUGCGACCAUAGGUGUUGCGUUGACAUCUUUGUUCAUCCUGCCUGACUUUCCAGCCACCUCAAGGCGACUUUCGGCGCGUGAGAGGGAGAUCGCAGUGACUCGUUUAGCCACUGAGAACGUUACAGCGAUCACAGAAGACAGCGAGCGAUUGACACACUGGCAGGCCAUUGUGGUGUCGGUGAAGGAUUGGCGUACUUGGGCAUUUACAAUAGGUUACAUGGUUAUCGUCGGAUCUAGUACUCUUUCAUACUUUUAUCCUACGCUAGUCAAGGGACUUUUUGGACAUGCGUCAACGGAGAAAGUCAAUUUUCUGACUGUCCCAAUCUACGGAGUGGCAUUCGUAUGUACCGCAGUUACUGCUUAUUUCAGUGACAAGAUUCCGACAUGGCGUGGAAUGGUCAUUGCAGUCUGGCUGGCCUUUUCGCUGGCUUGUUCAAUGACAGUUUGUGCUGUUUAUAACUUCACAGCUCGAUAUGUCCUUUUGGUACUAAUGGCCGCGGGACUCUGGGCCACAAACGGAGGUACCUUGGCAUACGCCUCUUCUGCCUUUGCUGGAAUGAACCCAGAGGCCCGGGGUGUUAGCCUGGCUUUGGUCAACGCCUUAGGAAAUCUGGCACAGAUUUAUGGCUCGUAUCUCUUUCCAGAUAGCGAUGGUCCAAAGUAUCUCAUGGGAUUCGCCGUAAUCUCCGCCAUGCUAGCAUUAGGUGUUGUCGUUUUCAGUUCGCUGCAUAUUUGGUUUCGUCGCCAGACUCCGUCGGUGAGAGAGGACUAA